AUGGACAAGCGAACGGGAGAAAGUCCCAUGGAGUUUGAGUGGGAGUCGAAACCUCUCGGGGAUGUGAGCUCGCCCUUCUUUCAGCUCGGCGCACAGCAUGACAAGAAACGAACACAUAGCACAUUUGAUUCUCCCAAAAAGCCAGCUUUUCCCCACCUUCGUCAACCAAACUCGCAACCUUUCCUUUUCUCUCAGCCCCGUCAGCAGCCCGCACCACUGUCCCCCAAAGCCAAGUUUGGCCAACCUUCUUUCAUGACCCCGCGAAAAUUCGACGUGGAUUUCUCAUCUGGGGCAGAAAACAUGUCAUCACCAGAAUUCGCAGAUAAUGAGGAUACACCGGAGCAGUCAUCCAAGGCGGGGAAGGGAAUUGGAUCAAUGUUCAACUUCACCAAGGCCCCACAGAGUCCAGGACGCGGGCAGAUACCACGAUUGCCCCAUCACUCAAACGGCGCCGUCAACCGGAUACAGAAGAAGCGCCGAAGAGACAGGGAACUAGGCCGCAGAAUCAAGGUGGAUAGCGACGACGAGACCGACGAUGACCGACCCAGCAGCAGAGAACAAUCCACAAAAGUUGCAAAACAGGGCAAAAAGCAGGCCGAGCAGGGGCCGCGGUCAUCAACGUGGUCUGAAUUCUUCAGCAUGCUUGAAGCACACCCGAAUGUCCCCGCCAUUCUGUCAUGGUGGGCCCAGUUAGUGGUGAAUUUGUCCCUGUUCUCGCUUGCCGUGUACGUUGUCUUCGGAUUUGUAUCGGCGAUCCGCGGGGAGUUUGAGCAGGCCGCGCAAGAAAUGUCCGACACCAUCUUGGCAGACAUGGCAGUCUGCACGAAGAGCUACCUUGACAACGACUGCGGACGACCGACCCGUGCACCUGCUCUAGAAACAAUCUGCGAGAACUGGGAACGGUGCAUGAAUCGGGACCCGGCGAAGGUUGGCCGAGCCAAGGUCUCCGCCCAUACCAUGGCGAUCAUCAUCAACAGCUUCAUCGACCCCAUCAGCUGGAAGGCGAUUCUAUUUUUCCUUGCAACAAUCUCCACCGUGACAGUCGUUAGCAACUGGUCAUUCCGCUCAUUCAGACACCGUCUCCAGCAGCAGCACUACGCACAACACCCACCCUCCCAACCCAUGCACCCACAGCUGCAGCACAACCCCUCUUUUGGGUAUUAUGAACAGCAAGAUCCUCGGCAAGCACAGUCCUACGAGAAACCAGAGCAGCCUCUGAUGCUGGAACAUACUCGGGCAAUGGAUUACGUGACCGAGCGCAGUCGCGAUCGUGAACAGCACCUUCGGACCCCAAGCCCAACAAAGCGCAGGUUUGCCUGA